AUGCAAUUUUGCUGCCCAAAGUCGAGCUUUCAUUCGUGGCAGAUUCCCUCGCCGCUGCCAUUGCCGCUCACUUUCCCUUCCAGAUUGCACCGUCAUCUGCCGAUCCCAUGCACCUCCGACGGAGGAGGUGGUCCCAGGAAUGAGGAAGGAGACGACAAAUUUCAAAGAAGUGUGAUUCUGGUUGAAAAAAACGGCAACGGAGUUUCUAGAAGGUACAUCCUAUCGGAAGAUGACUCAGAAGUUAAGUCAUAUCUUGAGGAACAUGUCCCCCACACUAGCAAUUCAUCAGGGCCACCAAUCUCUGAAGGGGAAUUACCUUGGCUUCCAAGUGUCAUAAAGGAUUUGUUUCUUCCAUCUGGGUUCCCUGAAUCAGUGUCAAAUGAUUACUUGGAAUACAUGUUGUGGCAGCACGUCAAUCUAACCCUGGCCGUUAAUUUUACUUGGGCUGUUGGAGUCGGCUCUUUCUCAGGAACCACUGCUGCUGCUUCUGCUGCUGCUAUCAGAUGGGUUACCAAGGAUGGCAUUGGUGCUGUUGGGCGCUUGUUCAUUGGCGGAAGGUUUGGAAAUCUAUUUGAUGAUGACCCCAAACAGUGGCGCAUGUAUGCAGACUUCAUUGGAAGUGCAGGAAGCAUCUUUGAUCUGACCACUCCAUUAUAUCCUUCUUAUUUCCUGCCAUUGGCUUCAAUGGGGAAUCUUGCAAAGGCUGUUGCUAGGGGACUUAAAGAUCCUUCUUUCCGGGUAAUACAGAAUCACUUCGCAAUUUCUGGAAAUCUUGGAGAGGUUGCAGCAAAGGAGGAAGUUUGGGAAGUAGCAGCUGAACUGCUCGGUCUUGCUAUUGGCAUCCUGAUUCUGGAUGCACCUGGUCUCUCAUCAUCAUAUUCUGUAUUGACCUUCACAUGGUUGAGUGUGCGGCUUCUACAUCUAUGGUUUCGCUAUCUGUCCCUAUCAGUGCUGCAAUUUGAUACGAUAAAUCUUAAACGUGCUUGCAUACUAGUAAACUCACACGUUAGGCUGUCUACAGUCCUAGGAUGUCAUGAAUGCAAUAGGAUGGAAAAUAUCUUACAGUGGCAAAGAUUUUCAAAACCACGCAUCCAUUUUGGUGUAUCCUUGCAAGAGUUGCUUGACGGGGAAAAAGGAAGCUCCGUGGUGAAAGUUAUUAGAUUGUAUUCCAAGGAGAGAUAUUUUCUCGUGGUGAACCGAAUGCAAUUCGGAGAAUUGGAGGUCUUUGUUUCCUUCAAGGAGGGAGCAACAAGUUUGUCAGUGUUGCGGAGUUUGUGGCAGGCAUACUGGGUCUAUCAGAACUGGAGCUGGUCAAAUAAUGUUGAGGAGCAAAUCGAGGAAAGCCUGAUUAGUUUGGAAAAAAGGUUCGACGAUUUCAUGCAACAGCUGAAAAACGCAGGAUGGGAUACAAGCCAAUUGAAUUUGAAAGUCCCGAGGGAUUUUUCAAUCCAGGAACUUCCUAGUUUAUAA